AUGUUACCUGAUCAGAGAGCAUACACAGCUCAGGCAGCUGAGAAGACAGUCCCUGGUACUCCUACAGAUGCUAAUGCCAGAGCCUUAUUGGUUUGCAGUGGACCUUUAGAACAUUAUGACUUUCUGAUUAAGCAAGAAGAACUGAGGAAUGAUGAUCAACAAAGAAGAGUUGUGCAGCACCUGCAGAAGUUGCAUGAGCGCCUUAGGGGCUACAGCAUCAGUUCAAAAAAUCUUCUCUCAAAGCUCUUCGCAAAAAACAAACCCCCAAAAGGUCUUUAUGUCUAUGGAGAUGUUGGCACAGGAAAGACAAUGGUGAUGGACAUGUUCUACUCUCACUUAGAAGUAGAAAAGAAGAAGAGAGUCCAUUUUCAUGGCUUCAUGCUAGAUGUACACCAGAGAAUACAUCGCCUUAAGCAGAGCUUGCCAAAAAGAAAGCAAGGAUUUAUGGCCAAAUCAUAUGACCCGAUUGCACCAGUAGCAGAGGAAAUAAGUGAAGAGGCUGCUCUCUUAUGUUUUGAUGAAUUUCAGGUCACUGACAUUGCUGAUGCCAUGAUUCUGAAGCAGCUUUUUGAAAAUCUGUUCCAAAAUGGAGUUGUCGUUGUGGCAACAUCUAACAGGCCACCAGAAGAUCUCUAUAAAAAUGGUCUUCAGAGAGCUAAUUUCGUACCAUUCAUUGCUGUGCUGAAGAAAUACUGCAGCACAGUCCAGCUUGAUUCUGGAAUAGACUACAGGAAACGAGUGCUUCCUGCUGCUGGAAAACUUUACUACCUCACAAGUGAAGCUGAUGUGGAGGCUGUCAUGGAUAAGUUGUUUGAUGAGCUGGCUCAGAAACAAAAUGAUUUAACUAGACCAAGGAUUCUAAAAGUGCAAGGCAGAGAGCUGAGGCUGAAUAAAGCGUGUGGAACCAUUGCAGACUUCACGUUUGAAGAGCUGUGUGACAGACCUCUUGGGGCCAGUGACUAUUUGGAGAUAUCAAAGCAUUUUGACACAGUCUUUGUUCGUGACAUACCACUUCUUACAAUGGCAAAAAGGACACAAGCUCGUCGUUUCAUUACUCUUAUUGAUACCUUUUAUGAGCAUAAGGUGCGUAUUAUUUGUUCUGCAGUGACUCCUCUCCAGAGCUUGUUCCUGGUAGAACAUGACAAUGGUGAGCUAGAGGACAACAGAGUGUUGAUGGAUGAUUUGGACUUGAGCCAGGAUUCUGCCAAAGGACUUUCCAUGUUUACAGGAGAAGAGGAACUCUUUGCCUUUCAGCGUACUGUCUCACGGCUUACAGAAAUGCAAACUGAACAGUACUGGAAAGAUGGGGACAGAAGCAAAAAACCAUUAUAAUUAAAAGUUUAAUAAAAUCACCAAGAAGUAAAACUACAGAAUUGGAAUGCUUUUUAGCACAACUGAAAUAAUAAUUGCACUUUAUCAUCUGGA